UCCUCCAUCUUCGUCUUUUCAACCUACCAACACUCCAUCACUUCGACCCCGUCCCUCGUGCGCCGGUCGAAUCUUCUCCCCCCCACUCGCCCACCAUAGCUUCCAUCUUCACUCGUCUGUUCGGCUCCUUCGCCGGCCCCUCCCCCGCCACCAUGGCCGCCGCAAAGACCAAGGCUCAGAACCUGAUCAACGAGAACGGCGUCGUUGUCUUCUCCAAAUCCUACUGCCCCUACUGCGUCGCCAGCAAGCGCCUCCUGAACGAGCUGGGCGCCGACUACAAGGUCCUGGAGUUGGACCAGAUCUCCGACGGCCAAGCCAUCCAGGAUGCUCUGUACGAGAUCUCCUCGCAGCGGACCGUGCCCAACAUCUUCAUCAGCCAGAAGCAUAUCGGCGGGAACUCGGAUCUGCAGGGCAAGGACCGCGCGCACUUGAAGCAGUUGUUGACGGCUGCGGGGGCUUUGAAGGCUUAGAUUUCCAACCUAAUGGGGUGAAGGGUUGAU